AUGCAGAAGGCCGAAAUUGCCAUUCUUCGUCAGACGCAGAUCGAUUUUUUCGGCGAAGAAUUUGCCUUGCUUCGAGAAGCUAAGCCCUUGCCCAAGUCGAGCAAAUUGAAUCCUCUCUGCCCGAUUAUUGAUGAAGAUGGCCUCCUCAGACUGGACAGUCGUAUAAAGCACAUGAAGAACGUUGACUAUGCCACUACAUCACCCAUUAUUCUUGAUGGCCGUCACCCAGCUGUUCGUCUACUCAUAAGGCACUACCACGUCGAAGCUGCACACGCCUUCAACGAGCUGGUGAUUAACGAACUUAAACAAAGAUUUUGGAUACUUCGAUGCCGUAGCGAAGUGCGCAUGGUUGCCCGAAAAUGUGCCUACUGUUUAAAGCGAAAGGCAACGCCCCACAUCCCACCAACUGGCGACAUACCAGAUGUGCGCCUAGAGCACCACAAACGUCCAUUCACAAACACCGGACUAGAUUAUUUCGGCCCGGUAGAAGUAACAAUCGGCCGACGUCGGGAAAAGCGAUGGAUAGCCCUAUUUACGUGCAUGACUACGCGAGCAGUGCACCUGGAAAUUGUAGCAAGUCUAUCAGCAAAUUCUGCAAUAAUGAGCAUACGUCGCUUUACUGCACGUCGAGGACUUCCGAAUAAGAUACUUUCCGAUAACGGAACAUCCUUUGUUGGAGCCAACAGACAGCUGUGCGAAUUUUACAGCGACGCCGUGCAAGACUUUGCUGCCAAUAAACACAUAGAAUGGUGCUUCAUUCCUCCGGCGUCACCAUUCAUGGGUGGUUGUUGGGAGAGACUUGUUAAGACAGUUAAGACAGCACUCCUUGUGACUCUAAAAGAAAGGGCUCCCAGAGAGGAACUACUCCAUACUCUUCUCCUAGAGGCAGAGGCGCUAGUAAACUCGCGGCCAUUAACCUACGUUACUGAGAACAGAGAGUAUGAAAGCCUGACUCCGUCCCAUUUCUUGAUAGGUACCUCUUCACCGCAGCAGCUACCGGCCGUUUUAGACGAUGGUGUAUUUUCGUCAAGAAAGGAGUGGCAAAAGGUUCUACGACUGUCCGAGCACUUUUGGACCAGGUGGCUUAAAGAAUACCUGCCCAGUCUAAAGCCGAGAAGAAACGACGGAAGGCAGUGUCACAAUUUAAAAUUAGACGACGUUGUCCUCGUAGUUGACCCUGACCUGCCUAGAGGUGUCUGGCCUAUAGGGCGUAUAGUGGAAGUGUUCCCGGGCAGAGAUGGAAUUGUAAGAGUGGCUGACGUGGCGACCAAAGGGGGCAUAUUAAGGAGGCCCGCCAGAAAGCUAGCUCGACUGAACGAAGAAUUUGUGUAG